GAGAACACCGUAGAGCUCUGUGAUCUGGCUUUUGGUGGUGAUAGCUCGGAUGAGCGUUGAGCAAUCGGAGAGGAUGGUGAUCGUUGUGAAUCCUGCUUCUAGCGCCUUCUCGAUUUCUCUUCGGAGAGCUAGUGAUUCAGCUAAAAGAGGGGAACUAACCGACGCGAUCAUCUGUGCUCCUGUGAAUGGUGAUUCUGAUCGAUCACCUGGAAAGAAGCAAGCUAGCCCUGCUCGCUUCGUGGAGGCGUCCCAAGCAGCAUCGACAAAACAAGAAAACUCCGGUGGUGAUCUCGUAGCGUUUCGGGGUUCACUUCUCGAAGGUCGAGUUGCCUUGUCUUCAAAGAUGAGUUUAUUACGGGCUGUCCAGAGAGUCCAACAGAUCCAAGGGAGGACGGGUGAGACUACACCUGAUGGGGGGAGGCAGAGGGCUUGUCUGAAGCGAACCAAAGCCCCUUUAAAGUCAACGCCCUCAGCUAUGUGAACUGGGGUGGCUAGAGGGAUGUGGCUCCAGACUUCUUUGGCA